AGGCUGUCGCUGCCGUUGCCGGGGAGGGCGAUGGACGAACUCCUCUGAGGAAGAUGGCGGCUGUCAGCUUACGGGUGGGAGAUCUGGUCUGGGGUAAACUGGGUCGGUAUCCGCCCUGGCCAGGGAAGAUUGUUCAUCCACCCAAAGAUCUCAAGAAACCGCGAGGGAAAAAAUGCUUCUUUGUGAAAUUCUUUGGAACUGAAGAUCAUGCGUGGAUCAAAGUAGACCAACUUAAAUCCUAUCACCUUUACAAGGAGGAAAUGAUAAAAUCUACUAAAGGGAAACGUUUCCAACAGGCAGUGGAUGCAGUUGAGGAAUUUAUUAAAUCAAAGGUAUCUGCUUUUGCCUCAUCAGAAGAUAAAAGCAGGCACUUUUCAUCUGACAGUAAAAGACAAAAUUUCUCCCCAGCAGAAAUUUCAGAACACGGUGCAAGGAAAAGGGGUCGGCCACCAAAGGAGGAAAAGGAUGCUUACCCUGAGCCAUCCUCAGUGAAGCGGUUGGUUACGGGUCCAGUCGCAGGAUACAAAUGGAAGCAAGUAAAGGACGACCCUCACUUUCAUCACUUUCUGCUCAGUCAGUCUGAGAAGCCGGGGUCAUGUUCGGCUAUCAUUCAAAAGCUGAAGACCACAGCAGAAGAGGAAACAGAGUCAACAUCCAUCCAGGCAGCUGACAGUACAGCAACCAAUGGCAGUGUGACCCCUACAGACAAAAGGAUAGGCUUUCUUGGUCUAGGCUUAAUGGGAAGUGGAAUAGUUGCAAAUCUCUUGAAAAUGGGACACACUGUUACAGUGUGGAAUCGCACAGGAGAGAAGUGUGACCCUUUUCUUCAGGAGGGGGCCCGUUUAGGACGGACUCCAGCAGAAGUGGUUUCUAUGUGUGAUAUCACAUUGUCUUGCAUCUCUGACCCAAAGGCAGCUAAAGAUCUGGUUCUGGGUCCCAGUGGGGUACUGCAAGGGAUUCGACCAGGCAAGUGUUAUGUUGACAUGUCUACAGUGGAUCCUGAGACAUCCACAGAAAUCUCACAGGUGAUCACUUCCAGGGGGGGGCGGUUUCUUGAAGCGCCAGUCUCUGGCAAUCGGCAGCUUUCGGAAAAUGGAAUGCUGGUGAUCCUAGCUGCUGGGGAUAAAGCUUUAUUUGAUGAAUGCAGCAGCUGUUUUCAGGCCAUGGGGAAGAAGUCAUUCUAUUUGGGUGAGGUGGGCAAUGCUUCGAAGAUGAUGCUGAUUGUAAAUAUGAUUCUCGGCAGCUUCAUGGCUUCUGUAGCAGAAGGAUUCACGCUGGCUAAAAAAGCAAGUCAAUCGCAAGAAGUAUUGCUUUACGUCUUGAGUCAGGGACCUUUGGCAAGUUCGUUUUUGGAUCAGAAGUGCCAAAGUAUUUUGCAGGGAAAUUUCAAGCCUGACUUCUUGUUGAAACACAUACAAAAGGACCUCAGGUUAGCCAUUGCUAUGGGUGAUUCUGUCAAUCAUUCAACUCCAAUGGCAGCUGCGGCCAAUGAAGUGUUUAAGAAAGCAAAGGCAUUGGACCAGUCAGAAAAUGAUAUGUCUGCAGUAUACUUGGCCUGCAACCAAUGAUUGCUGCAAUGUUUUAAUUGUUCCCUUUAAAAUUUGGGGCCAUUUACUUUGGUUUAUAUGUUUCCAUUAUCAGUAACAGCUCUCAUCUGCCCCAGUGGCCAUUGUAGAUUGAAUUCCUCUAAUGAUUGAGGAUGGUAAUGGUCCACAGCCCACCAAAUCUCAUUAAUACACCGGCACAUGGCAUCUCUGAGACUGUGAAUUAAGUAUGUGCCAACCAGCUGCUGCUUUUCUUUCAGUUGUAAUUUUGUUAGGAUGGUGUUGAGAAGUUUACUUAUUGAAAGAUGGCUAUUGACAAAGGUAUAUGCUCGUGUUAACCCUUUGCAAUUUUUAAAACUGGUUUUGUAAGUACCUCCUGAUGUGGUAACUGCUGAUACAAACCUAACUCUGGUACUGCCAGUCACCAGACUGACACUGUUGUAUCACCAAGUCAUGGGUGACAAAUCUCUAAGAUCUGUGAAGUGAUCACAGGUAGUGGUGGAAAAAGUUGGGAUGCACAAAGAGCUCAAGGCCUGUACUGUAAUGAUAUUGCAGUAAAUUUUAUAUUCUGGUUGUCUUAGUGAUGCCAGCAUGGGUUGUCUGUACAUAUUAUCAGAAUGUCUGAUAUUGCUAUUCUGUACAAAAUGAAACAUUUUACUAAACUGGUAUCCUGCUUUGUAUUUCCCAUGUGGCUUGUACUGGAGGGAGAAAGAUUUGCUCAUGCAGGUGGGCAAAACAAACCACACAUGACACUGGAAGAAAAUCUGCACAGUUCUGGGACUAACCCAUUUAUUACUAGAGCUUGUGUGCAGUAUUUGUUUUGGGAGUUAAAAACCUGUAAUUAUCUUUUUGUGAUUUAAUUUUGGCAUCUAGUAAAAUGGUUGCCACUUUGUUCCUGAUUCAACAGGGUUUUUAAUGGUUUUUGUGAUCAGACUGACCUCAGGUUUUUUUUCCUCUUGAUUUCCAAUGUUUUGGGACCCAUGAAGAAUAUUGCAGUAUUAAACCAGCAUUGUGUGCUGGAGAGAAUGGAGUAAAUUCUUCUUUGUGUAUAACUUGCUCCCAACCCUAUUCUUUCCACUUUCCACUUUUUGUCAUCUCUGUAUUGCGCAUGAAAGUACUCAACCUAUAUUUAUACUUUUUUUUCCUUAAAUCUCGUACUUAUUUUACCUUGCUUGGUUUGAGAAGUUUUUUUCCUUUCCUCACCUAUGUAUCUAGAAAUAAAAAUUAUGCAAAUCUGUCAAGUGUUUCAGCCCAUAAUCCUCCUGGAUCUUUGUGCUGAUUACAUGCGGAUGUUGAUCCAACUUGGAAAUGUAAAUCAGACAUGAUAUUAGUUACUUUGAUUGCUUUAACAUUACCAACACCUUUUAUUGUUGCAUGGAGUAGGUGUGGAAUGUAAUCUUGGUCACUUUACUUUGUAAGGCAUGUGCUCACUUUUGGCUACACCAAAGCAUGAUGGUCAAAUGUUUAACAUGACCACGUCUAAUCUAUUGGACCUAAAGAUGGGUCAAAUUCCUUUAAGCAGCUUUUAAUGUAUAUGUAAGAAUGGCCAAGUUUGAUUGAGAUUGGUCCUUGGAUUUCUGACUAGAAUAAGGGACACAAAUCCGAAGAAGUUGAUCUAAAAUGCAUGUGUAGCCCUGACUCCUAGCAGCCUAUUAUUGCAGUUAUGCUUUUGUUACUUUGGUUUACUCCUCCUGUCUGUGAGUUCAUUCGCUGAAAAUAUCAGUUGCCAUUAAGCAAGAAUAAUUAUUGCCUUUAUGUGAACUCUGCCAUGCAUGCUCUGAUGUAAGCAUCUGCCGUCAAAUACAGUGAAAAUUGAGAUCUGUUCACAAGUAGAAUGCUUAAAUAAAAUGUACAAAUGGCCUCUCACAAGUAGUCUCCAUUCCAAGAUUUAUUAAACUUCAAAUCCCUCAAGCUAAAUGUGUUGUAUGCAGAAGCCGGGCAGCUGGUGUUGCAUACGAAGGUCGAUGCUUACCUCAAUAAUUGUGGGUUUGAGUUAUUGUAGCUGCUGCUAAUCUGUCUCACCAAAUAUAAAUGGCAGAAAUACCUUCAGGUGACAUAUUAUGCAUCUCUGUUUUUGAAAGAAGAAAUGGUACAGUUAACCAAUUGGAAGAUUAUACUACGUCUGUUGCUCAAGGUAAAUAUUUUAUUGUAAAAUGCCCAAGGGUCAUGAGACUAUCUCCCCCCUCCCCCGUACAUUCUGUGUUGAGGAUUAUUUUGACUUGAAACAUUUUUUUCUAUGAAUUCUGACAAGACUUUGAAGAGAGUCUGUAAUUGGUAAUUUGGAAAUUUCUUCUAAUUUGAAGACUUAUCAAAGUUAUCGGUUUACAAUUCCUAACAACCUUUUAUACCUUUCUUCGAUUUGUUGUAACAUAACUUUCAGAAGGAGAACUUAUUUAUGAUUUACUUGAUUCCUGAAUUAUUUUCCUGCAUGAAACCAUUACUGUGCUUCCACUUUGCAUUAAAGGUUUGUGUGCUUACGUUAUCAAACCAUUGCAUUGUAAUGUGCAGAGUGGCCUAUAUCUGUGAUAGAGAGUGCUGCAUCUAUUGCUAGUUUCACAAAAAAUAAUCUGUGCUCUUGUACAAUUUUUAAUUAAAACUCUGUAAAUACUGCAUCUACUGCUAAGUGACACUCCGAAUACAGUAAUGCCAUUAUCAAAAUCUAUGGGAUAGGAUUAAUAUCCAGGUUAUUCUAUACAAAUCUAGAAUUUCACUCUUAAAGAAAAACACCAGGCAAUUUCUAAUAUUGUCACGGUUAACCCAUUGCAAAGAUCUUAAGUGACUACAGAUAAAGAACACUCAUGUACACAAACUACUGUGGUAUUUUUGUGAAUUGAUUGUAUUUUUUAUUUUGCUCUACGUGGCCUGAAUUCGAAGUUGCAUCCAAAUUACACAAUGUUGUCAUUACAUUUUUAUAGCUUACAGUAUUUCAUUUUCAAAUCAAUAUUGCAGAAAUUGGCUACUAUUUUUUAUGAAUCCAUAACAAUUAUUUUGUUAUGUACAAAAUUGUAUACAAUUUGUCAAAUUGAGUAUUUGGAAGUGUAGUGAAUAUUUUUUUUAAAAUGUAUUAAGUUCAGUC